AUGUCGACCCUGGAAGAAGCCGACGUGGCUAGUGCGGCUGCAGCGUUGAAGAACUGUUUCGGUCUGGGUGGCGACUUCACCGUGGCUGUGGAGGAGCCGCGGGAGGAUGCAGGAGGCACCAUCCGACCACCUAUUGGUACCAUCAUAUGCGCAGGAGAACCAGUUUGGUCAAUCCUGCUGGCCCAAUGGUCCCCAGUUCUGAGCAACCUGAUCAAUGCCAAGGUCGUCAUUCGCGACUUCUCCGCACCUGCUGUGGAAGCCUUCCUCCGUUUCGUGUACUCCGGGAUUGUGCGAGGCCCUUUGUUCACCCUGGUGGAGCUAAGCGCCAUGGCUGACAAGUACCAAGUUGAGCAGUUGCAUGCGCUUUGCAUCAAAGCUGUCAGAAAUGGUUUGAGAGCGGAGAACGCUUGCGAGCUCUUGGCAUGCGCGGACCGUUUUCGGGCAGACGCCUUACGUUUGGAGGCACUGAGAAAGAUCUUCAUUUGCGCAGAGGAGGCUCUGAGGGAACGCCCUGCGGUCUGCCCCAAAUUGCUGGAAGAGAUCUUGGAGUCAGGUUUAGUGUGCAUCGGGAGGAAGAAGUUUCUUAGUAUCCUCGAAGGCUGGGGGACAGGAAGGAAGAGGAAAGAUUCAUCUGCAGAGGCUGACAGCCUGCAGCCCGUUAUCUCAAGAAAGAUCACGCAGUUGCAAAAUGGUGUUUACAGCGAGCCCUGGCAUAGUGGCGAUGUGCUUGGCGAUGCAUGGAAGGACUAUGAAGCCAUCGAGCACGAGAACAAGCUUCCAUUCCUGGGGGUUUACGUAAACAUGAUGCUUUCUCCAGACAAUUAUCUCUUCUUGGCCAACAACACUGGUCCUCUCGAUCGCUAUGCUCGCAACGAGAAAGCCUUCCGCAUCACAAAGGGCUGGAUCACUUGGAGAGUGCCAUAUUACUCAGUCUACGUCACUGGCUUCACAUUCAGUUCUGACGUACCUGCAGGAGUUCGGUUUCAGCUAUAUGGAGCCUCAGAUCGUGCACAAUGGCACUUAAUUCUUGAUUCAGAAAAGGUUGCCAUCAAAUGCAGCCAGACUGUUGCAGUCAAUUGCCCUGUUCGCGAAUUGAAAGCGUUCAGGCUUCAAGUACUCCACGGCGACUUCUACAACCAGUUCUGCAUCCGUGGCAUCGUCAGACAGGUUACCGAUGUGCCGUUGCCGCAGGUUGUUUGA